CAUGGAAAUGCGAAUAGAUGGUUUUUGAUCAAAUGGACUGAAUAGUAUGAGACUAUUUACAUACAGCUCAUAUUCUUCUUUGAAAAUAAUUAGUUGAGUUUAUAAUAAAAUAAAAUAAGAAAAUGUUGCGAAUCUCUGUCAAUAGUUGUUGUCGAUCGUUAUUAAAAUUAAAUACUGUACAGAGCAAUACUACAUGUAGAUCAAUCCACAUUGUACGUCGAAGUAGGCAUACUAUUUUUAAAAAUUCGCUUCUUCUUGAUUCGAAUCGUUUCGAUUCUCAUAUAUUAAAUGCUUUCUUUGUGCGACAUGCAAGUACGAACGGUACUGUAGUAAAUGAUACAAAGGAAGUUCCUGAAGUAAUUCGAAUUGAUUUAACGAAUCAUACGACUGUUAAUAAAGAUGAUCAGUUAUUUGAAAUACCAGAUAUACCAACUCCGGUAGAUGAGGUAGUUACAGUGGUACAAAAAGUACAUGCCAAUGGCGAAGUAAUGUUUGAAAGUUUAGGAUUAGGAGGAUAUAGUCCUGUAGGUAUUGUUCAAACUUGUAUGGAAUGGUUACACAUCUCUUAUAAUUUACCUUGGUGGACUACGAUUGCUAUAGGAACUUUGGCUGUUAGAAUAUUCAUGUUUCCUUUAGUAAUAAACUCUCAAAGGUAUUCAGCCAAAAUGAGUAUGUAUUUCCCACAAAUAACGAAAUUACAACAGGGUUUAACAGACGCAAGAAUGAGUGGAGAUCAAUAUCAAGCUGCUGUAUAUACGAAUGAAUUAUAUCAACUUAUGAAGGAAAAAGGCUUGAGUCCUUGGAAAUCUUUAGUUCCUAUGCUUGUACAGGCUCCUGUAUUUCUUAGUUUUGUCUUGGCUUUGAAAAAAAUGGCUGAUUUACCAGUUGAAAGUCUUAAAACUGGUGGUCUCUGGUGGUUUCAAAACUUGACUGUGCCAGAUCCUUAUUACCUAUUACCUUUAAUAACAAGUGGAACGUUAUAUAUUACGAUUGAAGUUGGAACAGAUACAUUAGCAGCUUCAUCAAUGGGAAUGCUAAAAUAUGCUUUACGUUGCAUCCCAUUAAUUACAUUACCAUUUUCAACAUCCUUUACAUCUGCUGUAUUAGUUUACUGGACAAUGUCAAACUUUUUCUCUUUGAUACAAGUUGGUUUAUUAAGAAUAGAACGUGUAAGAAAAUUUUUUAAUUUACCAAAGAUAGUACGACACAAACCUACUGAUGUAAUUGCAAGAAAGGGAUUUAUGAAAGGAAUGAAAGAAUCUUGGGAGAACAUAAAAAUAACGAAGCAGAUUGCUGAAAGAGAUCGCGCAGAUAUGAUCAAAUUUAACAAUGCUGGAAGGGGACCCAUAAUAAAGACGUAUACAUACGAUCCAACAAAACAAAUCAAACAAGCUAAAAUACUUACAAAAAAUAAAUAAAUAAAAAGAUAAUUCAAUAGAAUUAUUGUAAAAAUUUAGAGUUUAGUAUUAUUUAUAACUUUUCUUAUAAAUAGUUAUUAAAAAUAAAAUAAUAAUUUUAUUUAUUAUAUUUUUGAACUAUUUCAGAAAAAAAUUAUUUCAACAUAUUUAUUGCUUACAAUAUAUUAUGUCUAUUUGAUCUUAAGUCUUCUGAUCUAAUCUAUUGUAAGGAAAAAGCAUAUUUGUAAAAUUUUAAUAUUUAGAACCACAAACACAGUGAUUAAUUACUUCAACUAAAUGUGAAUUUUCAAGUGCAGCAGCUACUCUUUCUUUAUCUGCUAAUUGUUUGUUAAGUGCUGUUUCAGAUAUAUGAGUACCAGGAGUUAUCUCUACGCUUACUUUAAAUCUAGGUGGUAAGGCUCUUAAUAAUUGUACUCUUAUAGAAAGACCAAUCAGAGUUGCCAUACUACAAUGAGGUAUCGUUGGUGUAAAUUUAACAUUCACUAUAUUCUCUGCGUCGUUCACCUAAAAUAUUAUAGUUUUAGAACUAUUUAAAAAAUACAUAAUAAAAACAGUGUAUCAUAUUGCGUUACCUCUAUAAGAUUUUGUUCUACAACAUUUAGUUCUUCUAACGUUAAUGGAUGCUCAGGGUCAUUGAUAUUUCUAAUGAGAUC